AUUUAAAAUAAUAAAUGAUUUCUACUAUUUUUGUUACAUUUUGAUGAUUAUUCAGUAAAAUAUUUCAAGUUUAAAGAGUCUCGGCCCAUGUGCUUCCUUUCGUCAUCCAUCUUGUGUUUGGUGUGACUGCGUUUCGUGUCGAACGACUUAAAAAAAUGCGUUACGUGGCCGCCUAUAUGUUAGCUACCCUUGGGGGUAAAACAGCACCAAGCGCAGCUGAUCUCGAGAAAAUCCUUGGUAGUGUUGGCAUUGAUGCUGAGAAAGAUAAAAUCACCAAAGUUAUCUCAGAGCUGAAGGGAAAGAACUUGGAAGAAGUGAUUGAAGAAGGAUCAAAGAAGUUGGCCUCUGUACCUUCUGGUGGAGCAGUAGCAGCCCCAGCAGCUGGUGGUGGUGGCGGUGCCCCUGCAGAGGCUAAGGAAGAGAAAAAGGAAGAGAAGAAAGAAGAGAGCGAGGAAUCCGAUGAUGAUAUGGGCUUCGGUCUCUUCGAUUAAAAUUAUCAUGUACUUCUCUGUAUUUAGCAACAAUAAUAAACAUCGCUAAAGAAAGAAACAUGA